UUUCUUUUCAACGGUGGGAGAUUGUGGUCGACGGAUAUGGCAGUCUCAGCUGUUUCCACCGUCGCAGCUUGGUGCUUCCGUUUUUCAGAGAGGGUUAGCCCCAGGAAGAAGCUUUCAGGAAUUGCAAACUACACUUACCAAAACCCAAUUCAAUUCUCAGCGACGAGGUCGGUGAGGUUCUUUGUUGUUCGAGCUCUCGAUCCCCAGAGAGGAAGUAAUGAAGCAGAAGAAAACUCCAGAAACAGUUCCGGCACUUUCCUUUCUUCGGAGGAUUGGGGGUAUCUGGCAAAAUUGCUGGCGGGUUCUGUUCUGGGUGCUGCUGCAAUCAAGUAUGGAAGUGCAGUUUACCCUGUGAUAACCAGACCCAACAUUGUGCAGGCUUUGAUUAUGAUAGUAAUUCCUGUUCUUGUAGCUGUUUUCCUUUUGAUCAAGGAAAGUAGUUUAGAUAGAGAAGAAGAUUAGGAAGCUUUUGCUGUGCUAGUCAUGAGUCCUGCUUCUACACAAGUUUUUAGUAUAAACCCUGAAAGAAAGUGGUUCCUGUUGUGCCAAUUUGUGAUAAUUGAUUAUUAGCAUUUUCUUUCUCUUCAUUCAUUAAUAAAAUCUUCAGAUUAUCAUAGAGAUCGCACUACGGAUUACAAAUGAUCUUCUGUACUCUGCUUUGAAAGGCACAUUCUUUCUUUAUUAAUAUGUAAGAAACGUGAUAUGUUGAUAUCCAUUGAAACUCGACUUUGUAAAGCCAAAA